AUGACAAAUGAGUCACCGCGCUUGUGUCCUAAAGCCUAUAAAAGAAAACGUCAGUACAACACGGAGUCUGCCAUCAUGGAGAUCCAAGUUGUGCUGUUCAGCGCUCUCCUGCUCACGAUCAGUGCUCAGUCGAUUGAUUUAAACGAGAUCACUUUCAGUGUUCUGGCACCCGAAGUGAAGAACCAAGCAGUAAUUUUCAUUCGGGAGGAUUUUGCGAAUACGAACGCCUCUUUGUCCGCCUUAAAAGAAAUCUACAGACCAUGCACUGAAUUGAUCAGUGAUCAGCUCCUCCAACAGUGUGUAAAUUGUAUCUCAGAAAAAUGCCAGAACAAAGCAAACGUGGACUGUACGGGAGAGCCACUGAAAACCCCCGUGUCCAUCGACAAGGAAGUGAUUGCCUGUGAUAUUUCACCGACAGGAUGUGGCGUAUUGGGAGUUGGCAAGAAAGCCGUAAAGGUUCAGGGUAAUGUAGGAAGGACGGUGAAAAAUGUCAUCAAAAAGGUCACCAGCGGCAUAAAGAUCAAACGUGGGAUACGGGUUAGGAUGCCAUUGAUUAGAGUUCGAGGGAUCCAAAUCUUUAGGCGCAGGAGACGACAGACUACAGAAUCGACAUGCGAAGAGAUAGCCACCAAUCCGGACGAGGCUUGCAAGUUCUUCUCCACUCAAUGCGAGGCUUGUGCCGACUUACGUGAUGCGGACGAACUACUACUAGUAGAGAGGUUUUGUGGUGUCGACGUCAAAACGGUUUACACUGAUCUUAAGACGCAGGAGAACAGAAUUGCUCGUCUGGGAGAUAUUUACGAUCUAUCAGACCCCAACGUCUUCAAUAUCACCAAGAUCCAGUACGACGCGUCCCAGUACGACGUCAACGUGCCCGGGUAUCACGGUGUCCGUGUACGAUACACACUGCUCGGCAAGUCCACCACGCUCGUUCUGAAGGAUCCGGUGAAUCUAUUGGAUCCAAAUAACGCCAUUCCCGUCAUGACCCAACUUUUGUAUGAAGAUCUUGUCCCAUAAAGCGCAAUCUGGGCAUCGUUAGUGGCUGUUUAAUACAUGUACGUCACGUGGAUAACAACGAGAUUUAUAUUCAUUACAUAAUAUAGGCCUUUUGUAAGAAGUUCUGCCAGUCUUAGGAAUGUAUUACUCCGUUAAUGACCUAUUAAUUACAGGUUAUAAGUAAUUCUGCUAGAUAUCUAUGAUUUCCGUAAUGAAUUUCAUGAGAAUUGUUUUGUUUUCAGCAUUUCGACAAGAUAUACCUUGCUUUGUCUCUGAUUUUUAGAACACCCAUGUGUGUUUUUCCAUCACAAAGAUUUAUGUAGCUAAACUUUUUCACGAGAGCCUUCUUGGAAAAUUACACAACAUAUAAAUACCUG